CUAUGACCCGUGUUACCUAAGUGGUGCUUACAGACCCUAACGGCCAGUGUCAGGCGCGAAGAGAACCCUGUCAUUGAGCAUACACAAGCGCGCCACGCCUCCAGUCGGCGGGCAGCGGCCAGCAGGCGAGGGUCGAGGCUCUUAUAUAACACGAGGCACUGGACGCGGCCGCCACUCCCUCAGGACGCCGAGACGGAGCAAGGGAUCGGCUCCAUUGACGUACCAGUACACACACACACACACCGAUUAUCAUGAUCCUAUUUCCUCAACCUCGGAACCACCACCACCAUCGCCACCAGCACCGCCACCGCCUUGGACAUUGGGUGGUGCUGUUGGCCUCCUCCUCCUUCACCAUCUGCCUUACCUCCUGCCUGGCAUCCUCACCCUCGCCCACCACCUCACUAGACCAUCCUCUCCAAACAUCGAUGACAGAGAGCUCCAUGCCUGUCUGUACCACCGCUACUACCACCACCGCUACUCCCCCUACACGACACAGCCACGAGAACAUAGCCCCUCCGGUACUUAGACAUAACAGGCUGGUGCAGUUGCCGGAAACAAGAGAAUUUAGUCAGGCAUUACAGGAGUCUGGUUUACGCACGAAGGUUAGUAGACAAGACUCAAGGAUGAUGUUAGGCGGAAAACGGGCGUCGGUAAGGGAUAUGCAGGUUUUAAAGGACAUAGGCGAGGAACGGACGCUGAAGUUGACCCUGGAAGAAGAGGAAUUCCUUGGCCUGAGACUGGAAGAUGUUGUGAAGAUGGAGAUGCCGCAGUGCUCCCUUCUCCUGGUCCAUGAUCUCCCAUAUCGACACUCCCGCCUCCUCCAUCGCCUCCUCCUCGUGCUCGCAAACUCCAGGCAGGUGGUGGAGGUGAGGGAGGCGCGGGACCUGGCGGACGUGGCGUGGGCUAGCAAGACCUGUCGUGGGUACAUCUUCUUACUCACCAACACCUCGUCCCUCCAAGACUUCAUGAAUCAAACCGACGACCUGUGGGACUUCGAUGGCAAGUACGUGGUGGUCGGGGCGUCUCGAGAGGAGCUCCACCACCUGGCAGGCUCGAGCAAGGGGGUCAAGACAGAGCACCUCGUUGGGGUUGUCAAGCACCGGCGGCGGGCGGGAGAGUGGGCUGUGUACGGCUCCAGACUGUACCGCGGCGCCCAUGGAAAUCUUCAGAGACUGCAAACAUGGACUGCUGACGCCUCUUCUUCUUCUCUUCCUUCUUCUUCAUUUUCCUCUUCCUCUUCUACUACUACUUCUUCUUCACUUAUUUCGUCAUUUUCUUCGUCUCAUUCCGCUUCCUCCUCCUCCUCCUCCUCCUCCUCCUCCUCCUUCUCCUCCUCCUCCUCCUCCUCCUCCUCCUCCUCCUCCUCAGUCGUAUUGCAAACCUCACUCUUCAGGGAUUAUUUGAAAAACCUUCACGGCAUCCCUCUCAAGGUGGUGACGUUCGAGUUUGAGCCCAGCGUCCUGUACUACCGCGACGCCCAAGGCAAUGUCUCCUUCCCCUUCGGCAUCGACAUCGAGGUGGUCAACGCUCUCUCCCGGACACUGAACUUUACCAUAGUUUUCGAGGAGCCGCCCGGAGGUUAG